AUGCCUCUGUCCUCCGUGGCUGGUGGCCUCGCCCGCGUCGGCGCCUGGAUUGUCUCCGACAAGGCUUGGGGCCUCGUGGAGAGCUCCCUCGGCAACGCGACCGAGUGUGCGGUCGCGUACGGGCUCGUCGGCUCGCUGAAGUGGGGAGCGGCCCUGAUCUCCAUCGCGCCCUUCUUCUUCGGUGUCUUCGUCGGACGCUAUGCCGUUCCAAGUUCGAGCAGUCUGGAUCCGAGCGAGAAGGCCGACGAGGACGGGAGGUUGUGGUAUAUGGCGACGCCCGACGGAGACGUCUACCCGCACGAGCUGACGGCCCAGGCAUUGCGUAUCAUCGUGCCGUACGAUAUGACGGAUCGGAGGCAGCUGGCCAACCGAGAGGGGGCCAACCCCGUGGGCGUCGGCACCUACGGCAGGGACUGGGUGAUGAGCCCCGCGGCCUUCGCGCUCCAGUUGCGCUUCGCGUUGGGGCAGUCGCUCGACGAGGUGCUGGAGACGGCGGCGGCGGCGGCUGGAGCCCCCGAGGAGCCCGAGGCGGAGGCGAGGCCGGCGGCGGCGAGAGCGCCUUCAGGAUCGGCCUUGGCCUCGGCGGAGAUUCCGACUGAGUGGGGCUCUGGCCGCGGGCGCCUCCCAGACCCUUCGCCGUCGCGUUGGCGCUGCAUCGCCUCGAGCGACGGCGAGGGGAAGGGCUUGCUGCCCGACGAGGACCUGGACGCCUUCGUGAUCGCGUCGGGGUUCGGCAUGGCGAUGAAGGGGGGCCGCACGAUGCUGGUGCGGGCUCUUCCUCCCGACGGCGGGGACGAGCUCGACGCGCGCGUCCUCGCGCUGCGGGCCAACACCACGGAGCGCUUCCUCGGGAUGCGUGAGGCUGUGGCGGAGCUCACCGAGACGCAGUGGGAGUUCUUCCCGAUCAACGGGCCCCGCACCGUGAAGUGGGUGUGCGAGUUCGCGCGGGAGAAUGACGUCACCUUCAGGUCUCGGCACGCCAAGUUCAAGGCCGAGACGGGGCUGUCGUCGUCGGACCAGGACGUCUCCGUCCAUGAGCUCUGCUGCCGCAUCAUGCAUCUGCUGCUGACCUACGACCAGCUCAAUGCCAGCGAGCUGUCGUGUGCAGAACUGGUAUGUCGUCGACUCCAGAUGGCCGAGUACCGCCAUCGCGAGAGGGUUCUCACGACCUCUCGAGGUGACGAGCUGCUCGAGGACUCGCAUUUGUACCUCGGGACGGGCGAGACCCGCGGGUUGGUCUGCAUCUCGCCGAAGCUGCUCACGUUCGUGACGGAUGAGCUCCACAAGGAGAGCCUCGUUCUCAAGGAGCGGCGGAAGCUGAAGGAGGAGCGGAUGGCCUCGCGGGGCGAUGACGGACACGGCGGCGGGGGCGGCGGUGACGGCAAGGCGCGCCUCUCAGGGAUGCAGAGCACCGUUGAUCGCCAGAAGUCGGAGAUCGAGAAGUUGAAGAAGCAGCUGGCGGCUGCACCCAGGGCGCAGCUGGCCGUCGAGCUGUGGACCUGCGAGGUCGUCUCGGCGCUCAAUUUUCUCAACGGGCGCCUGGGCGGCGACGGGUUCGACAAGUUGUCGGCGGCGCAGCUCACUGGCAUCGAGUCGCUCUACGACCACCUGCUGGAGUUCGGGCCUCCCGAUGUCAGUCCCACGGCGGCUUACACUGAGCUGCGUGGGUGUUCUCCUGGGUACGACAUGUCCCCAGCGAAGCCGGUUCUGUUCACCGAAGGGAGCGUGGCGGUGCCUUCGGACUCCAGGAAGUGCGAGCCCGCCUACCUGUUGUCGGAGUCCGUGCGCGACUUGUGGCAGGACUGGGAGAAGCAUCUCUUGCGCCCUCGUAAGGAGUGGCUUGCUAAUGUACCACCUCACUUCGACGCCAGGUUGAAGAGCUCGCCGGAGCUCUACGCCAGUUUUUUGCACGACUUGUUCAAUGCGGGCAUGAUCGAAUUCACCAGCGAGCGCAAGCACACGCUCGCGCCGUUCUUCGUCGCCAAGCGGGACGGGAGCGGCCAGCAGCGGAUGGUUCUGGACACCCGGCGUGUCAAUCGUAUGUUUUAUGACCCCGACGUCGCCGAGCUGCCGACGGCAGGCAACUGGCAGAGCCUGCGGCUCGGGGCCGACAGCAGCCUCUUCCUCGGUCAGUGCGACAUCGAGGCAGCCUUCUAUCGGUUCCUUGCGCCGCCUGGUCUGAGCGAGCUGAUGAUUCUCCCGAGUAUCGAUCGCGGUGCUCUUGCCAACGUGCUGCCGAGCGGCACUCUCGACGGCAUCGUCGGUCGCAGGUGUUCGCCUUGUCUGAAGGUGCUGCCCAUGGGCUGGAACUGGAGCCUGUUCUUCUGCCAGCACGCCGUCGAGGGUAUGCUGAGGACCGUCGGCAUCGGCGAUCACAGACUCGUCCACGAGAGGAAGGUGAUUCCCGACCUCGAGGGCGAGACCGUCGCCGCCGCCUACGUCGACGGAGUCGCCGUGAUCGGCUCCAAGUACGACGUGGUCGUCUCGCAGCUGGAGACGGUGCACGGCGCGUUCAACGCGGCGGGCCUCCAGCGCAAGGAGAUGGAGCCGCCGAGCGAUCACCAGAAGUUCACUGGUCUGAUCUUCGAUAGAGAGUCGGGAAGGAUAUCGCUGGGGCGGUCGCGGAUGUGGAAGAUCCGCCAGGCGUUGCUGUGCCAGGCGUCCCAGCGCUACGCCACGGGAAAGGAGCUGGCCAGCCUGGUCGGGCACUUCAACUGGGCGGCCCUCCUUCGCCGACCACUCCUGUGCAUCUUCCAGUCGACGUAUCGGUUCAUCAAGAAGGCGGGUGACAGCCGCUGGAGGAUAUGGCCCGAGGUGAUUCGUGAGCUGCGAGUCGCCGCCGCUCUCGUGCCCUUCGCCUACUACGACGCGAAGCGGCCCGUGGACUCGACGGUCUACUCCACCGACGCUAGCACGGGCGACCUCGACCCUGCGGGCAGCUUGUACGGCGGCUACGGGGUCACCAAGCGGGAGCUCAGCCAGCAGCUGGUGUUGGAGACAGCUCGGGUUCGCGAGCGGUGGCGCUACCACGUGGAGGGAGCCCUGCACGCUCGGGAGUUCGCCUUCGCCGCCCGCGACACCUCGAGGGAUCCGUCCGACGGAAUGUCUUUCGCCACUGUGGACUCGGACGUCGUCUUCCCGAUGGAGGCCUGGCGGAACGUGACCUUCGGCCGCUGGUGCCGCGAGGAGAACAUCCUGAGGCUCGAGGGGCGCGCCCUCGCGCUCGGCGUGCGCCACAAGAUGCGGGCCUUGCGGUCUCGGGGUCAUCUUCACCUCAUGCUUAAUGAUAACCUUUCUUUGGUACUGGGAGUGGAAAAAGGUCGUUCCGCAUCCCCUUUGAUCAAUCAGACCUGCAGAGAGUUGUGCAGCUACAGCAUUAUUCACGAUAUGUCCGUAGCCGUGAGAUGGCUACCUUCAGAGUGGAACACUUCAGACAAAGGCUCACGCACCGUGACGGGCCGGCCGACUCCCUUUGCAGCCGACCCGCGGAAUGUUGGCACGGCCUGGGCUAGCCUCGCUCGGGCGGCCGCUGACGAGAAGGCCAAUCGGGCGAAGCUCAGAGCCGCGAAGUUCGGCGGACCCAACUGCGACCCUCGGCAUGGGCUGACCUUCUUGCAGAGGCACAAGGUGCGGGAGGCCACCAUCCGCAGCUUCGACAACCACGUGGCCAGCUUCCUGGCCUGGGCCGCCGUGCCGUCGCUGGACGACAUCACGGCGGACCGCCUGGACGCCCUCCUGGCGGCUUACUUGGACAAGCUGUUCUGGGACGGGGAGCUGGCGGAGACGGGCUCGCGGCUGCUGGCGUCCGUGCAAUACAGGCUGCCGCGCGUGCCGCGGCCGAAGCACGGCGGCCUUCCGCUGGCGCGGGCCGCGCUCUCUGGCUUUCGAGUGCACUCGAGGAGCACUCCGAUGACGCCCGUCGGGAAGCCGAUCGUGUGGGCGAUGAUCGGGAUCGCCGCGCUCGAGGGGGACUUCGAGUGGGCGGGGGCGGUCGCGCUCGCGUGGGACGCGAUGAUCCGCCUCCCGAGCGACCUCGUCGGCAUGACGGUCGACACGCUGGUGGGCCCAGGCCGCGGCGAGGAGCCCCGCUGGGCGCUGUUGCUGUACCCGAUCGAGGGAUCGGCCUGCAGCAAGUCGCUCGCGCAGGACGAGGGCGUGCUGCUGCGGAGCGCGGCCUGGCGUGGCGGCGGCGGGAGCUUCCUGAAGCUGCUCCGCGCGGCGCGGCCCGCUGGGUUGCCCCUGUGGUCGUUCAGCGCAGCGACCUUCGGCGCCGAGUUCCGACGUCGGCUGUCGCUGGUCCCGGGUGCGCCCGACAUGAUCCCGCACCAGCUGCGGCACUCCGCGGCGUCGCACGCCACGGCGGUGGAGGGCAUGCCUCUGGCCGAGCUGCAAGCGCGUCUACGCCACACGAGCGCGCAGAGCACGGCCCGGUACUCGCGGCACGUGCGCUACCUCGCGGAGCUCGAGAAGGUCGACGUCGAGGUCUCGGAGUGGGCCCAGGAGGUCGAGGACAGCAUCGGCGGAGGCGCUGGCGUCGGGCAGGCCUUGCAAGACCUUGCCCGCGCGUGCCGCGCUGCCGCUGGCCAGACCUUCCUCGAAGUCGGCUUCGGGACGGGCGAGAUCGCGCGGGCCGAGGACGGCCGCAUCUCGGGCUGCAGUGCGUGGAUAAACGGCUCCCUGCUGGCUACCGCCAUCGUAUCUCGCCGCCUCGUGGGAUGGGGGCUUCGCCAGCAGUACGAGGACAGGCUCGCCGAGAUGCUCCGGGAGCGCCGCGCCCUGGACCUCGCUGAGGAGGAGGACGUGGCCCCGCCGGCUCCGGUGAUCUUCGGGGGCCUGGCGAUGAAGGGGGAGGCGGUUGGCCGCUGGUCGCCUGGCGUCGGGGGAGGCGCCGGCGAGGAGGAGGACGAGGAGGAGGAGGACGCUGAGGGAGGCGAUGGUCCGGGCGCCGAGGGCGCGGCGAGAGCUGCCGCCGCGGGCGAGGAUGAGGACGAGGGCGAGGAGGAGGACGAGGAGGAGGACGAGCAGGGCGAGGGUGAGGAGGAGGAGGAGGAGGAGGGCGAGGGCGAGGAAGACGACGAGGAGGGCGAGCCGGCCGAGGAGGAGAGCAGCGAGGGCGAGACCGAGGAGGAGGAGUCCGAGGAGGACGACGGCGACUCUGAGGGGGAGGCGGAGAAAGACGACGAGGAGGCCCAGGCCACGGAGGACAGAGGAGAGGAUCUCAAGGGCGUCGGCGCUCACGCCGAGGGCGCGGCCGCCGCCGCUGCGGCCGACGCGAGCACCUCUGCGGGCGCCGCAGCGCCAGCAGCGGGCGCGAAGGUGGCGGAGGCCGCCGCCGAGGCCUUGGCCACCCCGGCGGCGAAGGCAGCCGCAGUGCCCGCAGACGCGGCCAGCGCCGCCGCCGCCAGCGCGGCGGCCGCGGCCAGCCCCGGCGCCGCCGGGGCGAAGGCGGCCGCGGCUACGGGGCCCCAGAAGAAGAGGGGGGGGAAGGGCGAGAAGAAGGCGAAGGGGAAGAGGGAAGAGGGCCAGAAGAAGGAGGGCAAGAAGGCGGCCGGGAAGGAGGCCAGGGAGGGGCGCCAGCGGGACGAGGCUGGGCGGCGCGAGCCGAACCCCCCGCGCGACGCCGCACGGCCCGUCGCAGAGCUCGCCGGGCCUGGGCGCCCAGGAGACGGCGCGCGGGUCAGGCGCGAGUCCUCGAAGGGUGCGCCCGGCCAGGCAGCGGUGCGUCCCAGCCCAGGGAAGGCCCCCGCCGCGAGGAGCCGCGGAGAGGAAGCGCUCGACGCCGAGGGCGUCAGCUGCACGCAGACGCUGGAGCUCGGCUUCGCCAUCCGCAGCGCCCUGUGCAACGGCAGAGACGUGUGGUGCGCCGACUGGAAAGGCGUCGUCACGGUGCGCGAGCGGGACGACGCCACGAAGGUCAAGGCCGAGAUCCCCACGAACCGCUUCGUGUGGUGCAUGGGGCAGAUGGAUCCGGGGCUCAUCUGGAUGGGCCAGGAGGCGCAGGGAAUCUCGCUCUUCGACGCGCGCGAGAAGGAGUACAAAGCAACCCUCACCGGGGGCCACACUGGCGGCGUCACCUGCUUGGCUUUGGAGGGUGCCCUCGACGGCGAUGCGGACGUCUUCCCCGUCCGCCGAGGCUGGAGUGGCAGCAACGAUUUCACAAUCCGGCAGUGGUGGAUCGAGACGUGGCGCGACGACGGGCCAGUGCCGCAGCGGGUGAGCAGCGCCUCAGGCGCGACAAUCGUGGGGCUUAAGGGGCUCAAGGUGGGCAUAGUCCGGGGGACGCAGAUGCAUGGUCACACCAACGGCGUGCGAGCUCUGCUCAAGAUAGGGCCGCUGCUUUGGUCAGGGAGCGACGACGGCUCGAUCCGGAUGUGGUGGUGUGCGGACAGUACUUGUGCCGAGGUGCUCGAGGAUGCACACAGGGGGUCCGUGCUUAAAUUGGCCAUCGUCAAAAACUCCGUGUGGUCGGCAGGAUCUGACGGCACAAUCAAGGAGUGGCAGGUCUGCCUCGAUGGAGGCAGCAAGUGUCUGCGGCAAGUGGCCCCUGCCGGCUUUGAGAAGGGCGUCUACGCGAUCGUGCCUCUGGGCAACGACUUGUGGUCGUGCGGGCACCACCCCAACAUCCAGGUCUUCUCGCAGGGCCAGAUGCAGAAGACCGGGGAGCACCCCGCGCACGAGCCGUACAUCUCCAACUUGCUGCCGGUGGACCGCGUGGAGACGCAGAUCGUGUGGAGCACGUCGCUGGGCGACAGCAAGCUGAAGGUCUGGCGCCACACCAUCCGCGGCGCGGCCGGCUCGGUCGACGAGCUCAAGGCCGCCAACCGGCUCUUCGAGGAGGCGGAGCGCACGCGCGACGGCCGCAUGGGCAGGCUGGCGGAGACCGUGGAGCAGCUGCAGGCGCAGUUGCAGGUCGCUGGGGACGAGUACGUCGACCAGCUGGACAGCCUGGCGCAGCAGCUCGCGGAGGAGCGGGCCGCCCGGAGCGAGGCAGAGGCGGCGCGCGGCCACCUCGAGGCCGAGCUGGCCGGGCUGCGGGCGCUGUUCGAGGAGGCCGGUCUGGGGCACCUGCUGCAGGACUCGGACCCGGGCGCGCUGCGCGAUUUCCUGGCCCUGCAGCGCCUCUUCGAGGAGGCUGGGCUCGCGCACCUGCUGCGCGACCUGGGGGCCCUGAAGGACUUCCUGCACGUGGGGCGGAUCUUCGAGGAGGCGGGGCUUCGAGCCUUGCUGGGGGACCCGGGCGGGCUGCGGGCCUUCCUGCAGCGGGCCCGCGGGCUGGAGGAGGUCUUGCGAAGCCUUGGGCUGGAGGAUGUGCUCGGUGACCCUCGGAAGCUGAGGGGCAUGCUGGAGACGCUGGAGAAGCUCAGGCAGGUUCUGGAAGGCCACGGCAUGGGCGCCUGCUUCCAGGAUCCCUCCAGCCUUGCGGAGGUCCUGUCCAGGUAUAGCGGGAUGAAGGCGGCGUUCGAGGACCACGGGUUCCCCGAGCUCUUCGAGGACCCAACCACGCUCGCUGGCUUCUUGAGGAAUUACGGCCGCGUUCGUGUGGAGUUUCGGAAUGUCGACCUGGAAUAUUUGCUAGACAGCGCGCCCGCCAUGCGGGACUACCUGAAGGCUAACAAGGAGGGCGCUGCCGAGCUAAAAGAGAUGCGCGAUCUGGCGGAGAGGCUGAAACUCAUGGAGAGCGCGCUCGAUAAGGCCAACUCUGAUCUGGCUGCCUCGAGGAAGGAGCUCGAGAAGGCGCAGGCGGAGCUGAAGAGCUACCGCGACCUGUGCCCAGACGUCAAGACGUUGGCCGAGUGGAAGGACAUGGUCAGCCAGUUCAAGGGCCUCAUGAAGCUCAAGAAGGCGUCUGACAAGGAGGCAGCAGAGGCCAAGAGGCUCCUCGAGGAGAAGGAGAAGGAGCGGCAGGAGGCCUUGGAGCGAGAGCGCAUGAUGGCGCUGAAGUACAAAGAGCUCGAUAUCUUCAAACUGGACGUCAUCGCCAGGGAACUUAAGAAGCUCGACACGGAGCUGGGCGGCCUGUCCAAGCCGCUGAAGAACCUGCAGACCGACGCCCAUAAGCUGCGCAACCACGACGAGCAGCAGCAGAUCGCGCCCCACGGCGACAAAAUGCUGGAGCAGUGCCGCGACCUGCGCGGACACAUCCACGACGUGAUCAACAAGUGCCUGUCGGAGACACAGAAGAUGCAUAUCGGGGUCGCCGUCCAGGACCACCUCGCCGCCGGGGAGCUGAAGGAGGGCGGCGUGAUGGCCGGAUACGUGGUGGAGGAAUCCUGGACGUGCCCGACCACGGCAACUCCAAGGCCGCCAAGCUGCGGCAGGGCGACGAGAUGGGCCGCGAGCGCGCCAGUCGCGCCGCAGCGUCUCUGGCGGCGAGCACGUGAGCCGCCGCACACGUUGGCUGCACCGCAGCCGACCCCUGCCAGGGAGCCGACAGAAACGCCGCUUCGACGCGUCGGCGAUGUUGACGUGCGCGUUCAAAGUUCAAGGCCAUUGCCGACGCAGUGUCGAAUCCGAUCGAUGAUGGGGUGUCGUUGCGGUUCGUAUAUCCCUGUUCGUUAUCUGUCCAAUUGUCUUCACGCUUCUCUGUUCAUCGGUGGCCGUCUCACCCACGCUCCUAGUUCUAGGGCAGCACCACGGCGCAAUAGGCCGUCGGCCAUCAGGUCUGUUUGAUUUGUUGUCCCUCAUGUGCGCCUUGAAAAAAAGCGUACCUAGUUCGAACAAUGCUUGUGUUUAUGGCCCUUUGGUAGGAAGAAGGCAAGUUGUUGCCCGAGGAGAGCUCCAAGCUUUCUUGCUCGCCGUGUGGAUGUCUCAUGAUUGGCUGUGUUAUAUUACUGAUUGUGACUAUGUAGCUCUCGGCUGGUAUCAACAACGACAUAAGUAUCCCGCAGGUGCGGAUGCUGACCUGUGGGACGAGAUAGGCCGUUUGCUCCAGCACCGAUGCCACGAUCACAUUUCGGUUUUAUGCACGAAUUCACACCGUGGCCCUGCAGACAUCGUGGAGGGCAGAGUUUCACGCAAUAUGGUGCUCGGUAGCCUGGUGGCCGAAGAAUUGGCUGGUGUGGCCGCACGGCAGCACCGCGUGCCCGAGGCCGACAGGUACCGUGUUCAAUUGCACGAAAGAAGGGCACGAUUGGUGCGCCUUCGUCUGCUUCGGACCACACUUGACUGGACUGUUUCGCUCGAGAUAAGCAGCUGGGGUCGGAGAGGA